AUGAUCUACCAUAUGGAUGGCUAUCGCCCUGCCAAGGAGGAUGCUCUCGCCUAUCUUGCAACCCAGAUGCGCGCGCUGCCCCAGACAGAUACGCUAGAGCCCGGAGACGGCCAUGCGCCAGCUGACAUCUACUCCCGCGACGAGAUCCCACGCAAUGCCUGCGGGCUCACGACACUCUGGGAGAUGCAAUCCUUGCUUGCGAAAAUCAUGCCACCCCUUGCGGAAUUCACUCGGGAGCUGUUCUGUGGAGUUGCACCUGGCCUUCCAAACGAUACUCUCGUGGUGGGUGCGGUCGCUCCGCUCAGUAUUGACGGCUCCUUCCACCGCACUUGGGUUAACUGGAGAUGGAAUGUCGCUGGACCGUACCUCCACCCCGUCGGGCUCUCCCAUUACAUCGACAUAACUGGCACGGACCCAAGGAACUGGAAGCUCCUUAAAAUAGUAUACAAUUAUCAGGUUUUCUCCAGCACGGACGAAUUCUUGGAAGCGUUCCACAACGGUACUCUCAAGCGCCUUCCUGCCCGAACUGACCAGCCCAUCGACGUUGCGUGGAGCAGACGGGAGCGCCCCGACAUCCCUCCGACUUGGACGACGUGCCUGUUCAUCAGCUGGAUGGGGUGGGAGAUGUACUUGGGCUUCGAUAGAGACAUGGGCUUAAGUCUCUGGGAUAUACAUUUCCGAGAUGAACGAAUUAUAUAUGAGCUGGCGCCGCAAGAGGCGAUUGCGCAUUAUGCUGGUAAUGACCCCAUGCAAUCUUCGACAGCCUGGCUUGACCGCUUCUUCGGCAUGGUGCGCUCUCAUCAAUCGUCUACUUGUGUUGUUGUGCUCGUAGUUGUGCACUUUCAGCCGCCCCGUCUUCGUCUCGAGAUGGUGAGAAGAAAAUGA